AACAAAAAAAAUAAUACAUUAAAUUCUAAUUUAAAUCAAAGACAACAUCUAUUGAACAUUAUAAUUUUUAUGAUAUGUUUCACGGUAAUCUAUUAUCAGAUUACUCUAUUAUAUCAACAAAUAGUUGUUGAAGUAAAUGCUGAUCCAAGUGAACAACAAUCAAAUUCAAAAAAUAAUUUAUAUUGUGCAGUUGCUAUAGAUGCAGGAAGCACUGGAACUAGAAUAUUAGCUGUAGCUUUUGAAAAAAUACAAUUUAUUAAAAAAAAAACUUUACUGCAGCGGAUAUUUUGCUACAAAGGUUUUACUAAAGAAUGUAUUUAUUUUAAAAUAGACAACUAUAUUUUUCAAAAAGAAGAAGGUGGUUUAUCUCAAUAUGCUUACAACGAAAUGAAAAGGGAACAGAUAAUACGCGCUUUAUUAAAACAAGCUGAAAACUUUAUGAACACAAAUCAAAAGUGUGGAAUAACACCACUUUUAUUGAGAGCAACAGCUGGUUUGAGAUUGUUAAAUGAUAAAUCCGAUGAGAUUAUUAAUCAAGUGAAAAGAAUUUUCAGUGAAUAUAGCAACAAAUUUAAAGUAGAUGAAAAUUCAGUGGCUAUAAUGAAUGGUGAUGAUGAAGGCUAUUAUGCAUGGUUCACAAUAAAUUAUCUCUUUGAUAAUGAAAUGAGUUUUAAAAAAACAGUAGCUGUUUUCGAUUUAGGCGGUGGAUCUUUACAGAUAACCUUUUAUUUGCCAAACAGCGAAAAAAAUAUUACCAUUGAUCCAAAAUAUAUAAAACUAUAUACAGUUAUGGGAGAAGAAAGAAAAUUUUAUACCUAUAGUUAUUUAGGUUUUGGUUUGAUGGAAGUUCGAACUAAGAUUUUCAAACCCAAAGAUAACGAUAUAUUGAAUGUUACAUCUCCAUGCCACAACACAAAUGAUGUAUUAACAUACACAUUUAAUUCAAAAAUAUAUUACAUUACUGGUUCACUAAGUGAUGGAAUUAAGGAAAAUUAUAAAACCUGUCAGAAGGCUAUUAAAUCUAUAGUUGAAAAAACUGUGGGAAAUUUGGAAAAUAUGACCUCACUUAAUUAUACAGUAGCUAUUUUUUUUUUUUACGACCUGGGUUUAGACGCUAAACUCAUUCCAACGAAUGGAGGAUUUAUAUUCAUUAAAGAACUGGAUGAUGCUGCAUUAAAAUGUUUUGAUGGCAAAUUUGAUAAAGACCAACCAUUCAAAUGUUUCGAUUUGACUUAUAUUUAUGUAUUAUUGCAUCACGGACUUGGUUUUUCUGUAUAUUCAAAAAUCGCUUUUGAGAAAUAUAUUGCAAAUUUUGAAUUAAGCUGGGUUCUUGGAUUUGCUUAUGUUAAUUUACGAAAUUAAGUUCAGACGUACAACAAUCUUCAAUCGGUGAAAAUUGAAAUUACUGUUGUUUAUGUAUUCAUUAUUUUCAAAUGUUGCUUAUUAUAAUGCAUAGUAUGUAAAAUGUAUCCAUGUAUUAUUAUAUUGUUUAUUAGUUAUACCUGUAUUUGAUACGGCGUAUAAUUGAUUGUUAUAAUUUAAUUGUAUUAGUGUAUUUAAUACCCUUUUAAUAAACCAGUAAAAUUACUAUAUUAUCAUUAAGUUUAUUAAGUGAUAAUGAAUAUAAUAACACUAGUCUAUUGGUCUAUUGUAUUUAGUUUAUUUUAAAAAUUAAUUAUUCAUGUUCUUGGACGGUUACGAUCAAACAAGCAAUAUCCUUUACGCGUGUCAUUCAA